UCAGCGUUUGCCCUGCCGUUCGGUUGUGCUCUCGGUUGAAUAUUGAAAAUAUUGUUACUAGAGGCGAUUUGUUGUUCCGCGCGUUUUACGUAGUUUCGCUACAUACGGUACUUUAGCAUUUUGCUGUGUCCCGUUCCGUCGGUCAGCCGGCAAAACAAACGCAAAAAGUGAUUAAAAAAGGCAAAUGAAAUUUAAAUUGAAAGAAAAUAAUUACAUAUUUGUGUCUGCUAUGUAAAUGCCCAAAAGGUGCCAAGUGUCAAAUAUUAUUUUUUGUCGCCUGCACGCGUGUGUCGCCGUCGCCGUCUCCAUUUCCGUCUCCGGCUACGUCUCCGAAUUCGUCAGUGUCCGCGUGUCUGUGUUGUUUGUGUGCAUGUGUUUGUGUUUGUCCAAAAUGUGUGUGCUUUAAGAAUCCCAACAAAGCACUCAGAAUUUACUUAAGGAAUCCACGAGUCGAGAACCGCGCUGAAAACGCGUCGAAAACGCGCCAAAACAAAAAUGCAGAAAAUUCUUAAAAUGUUGUUGCCACUUGUGAUGCUUUUAGCGCUUCCCGAACUUCAACAGGCAACAGCAACACAACGUUACGAUCAAACCCCAUUGGAUGCCAGCUCGUAUUAUCGGAGCGGGGGAUCGGAUUUGGCGGGAACGUCGGCCACCUCAUUGGAUGGAUUUCCACAUCACAAUCGCUGCGAGCCCAUCACAAUUUCCAUAUGCAAGAAUAUACCUUAUAAUAUGACGAUUAUGCCCAAUUUGAUUGGUCAUACCAAGCAGGAGGAAGCUGGCCUGGAGGUGCAUCAAUUUGCUCCUCUCGUUAAGAUCGGCUGCAGCGCUGAUCUACAGUUAUUCCUGUGCUCCCUCUACGUUCCCGUCUGCACGAUCCUCGAACGUCCCAUUCCCCCCUGCCGCUCCCUAUGUGAAUCCGCUCGCGUCUGUGAGAAUCUCAUGAAAACCUACAACUUUAAUUGGCCCGAGAAUUUGGAGUGCUCCAAGUUUCCAGUUCACGGCGGAGAGGAUUUGUGUGUCGCCGAGAACACGACCUCCUCAUCAUCGACUCCAGCGCCCACUCGCAGUGCUCCCAAGGUGACAACGCGAAAGCAUCAGAUCAGCGUGGAUAGUCCACAUCGGAAUAUAGGAUUCGUCUGUCCAGUUCAGCUCAAGACUCCCCUCGGCAUGGGCUAUGAGCUCAAAGUUGGCGGCAAGGAUCUACAUGAUUGUGGUGCUCCGUGUCAUGCCAUGUUCUUUCCGGAACGGGAACGAACCGUGUUGCGCUAUUGGGUCGGCUCCUGGGCGGCUGUCUGUGUGGCCAGUUGUCUCUUUACGGUGCUCACCUUUCUGAUAGACUCAUCGCGUUUUCGCUAUCCGGAGCGUGCAAUUGUCUUUCUGGCCGUUUGCUAUCUGGUCGUUGGCUGUGCCUAUGUGGCCGGACUUGGUGCGGGCGAUUCGGUGUCGUGCCGGGAACCAUUUCCGCCGCCAGUGAAGCUGGGACGUCUGCAGAUGAUGUCCACCAUAACACAGGGUCAUCGGCAGACCACGGCCUGCACCGUAUUAUUCAUGGCAUUAUAUUUCUGUUGCAUGGCCGCCUUUGCGUGGUGGUCAUGUUUGGCUUUUGCCUGGUUCCUUGCUGCCGGACUUAAAUGGGGCCACGAGGCAAUUGAAAAUAAAUCUCAUUUAUUCCAUUUGGUUGCCUGGGCGGUGCCCGCUCUUCAAACCAUUUCCGUGCUGGCUCUGGCUAAAGUUGAAGGUGACAUACUCUCUGGUGUUUGCUUUGUGGGUCAGCUGGAUACUCAUUCUCUUGGCGCUUUUCUCAUUUUGCCGCUCUGCAUUUAUCUCUCGAUUGGCGCUCUCUUUCUGCUCGCCGGCUUUAUCUCGCUCUUUCGCAUACGCACCGUGAUGAAGACGGAUGGAAAGCGAACGGAUAAAUUGGAGCGUCUCAUGCUGCGCAUUGGAUUCUUCUCGGGUCUCUUUAUACUUCCCGCUCUGGGUCUGCUUGGUUGCCUGUUCUACGAGUAUUACAACUUUGAUGAAUGGAUGAUUCAAUGGCAUCGUGACAUUUGUAAACCAUUCUCAAUUCCCUGUCCGGCUGCCAGACCGCCUGGCACUGCCGAGGCGCGUCCCAUAUUCCAGAUCUAUAUGGUCAAGUAUCUGUGCUCCAUGCUCGUGGGCGUAACGUCCAGUGUGUGGCUGUACUCCAGCAAGACCAUGGUCAGCUGGCGCAACUUUGUGGAGCGAUUGCAGGGCAAGGAACCACGUACCCGGCCCCAGGCGUAUGUCUAGUAUGAGACGGCGGCGGUGGCGGCUGAGGCGGCGGCUAACGAGAGUUACUUGGCGUUCAGCACGUAGAGUCUUACCAGUCAGUCCUCCCCCUCUAACCAAGUCGAUGUCCACCCCGCGCCAAGAAGCAGUCAACAAACCUCAUACAACUUUGUAUAAAGUUCAUCUCUCUCGCUUUCCCCUGCCUGUCUCUUCUCUUUCUCUGCGUUUCGUAAUCACGCGCCUGCCUCCCUUCACAAGCGAAAUCAAAAACUAUUGUUUAAUAUUUAGUUAUACGAAAGCUAGAGCCUGGCUUUCUUGUUGAACCAAAACUAUUUGCAUAAGUUGAUAAAAAAUAUAUUAGAUUGUAAGUUGAAGCAUAGUUUAUCCUAGUAUUUUAAAGCAUUCUAGUUGUUAUUGACACCAUCUAUCACCUAUCAUUGAAACAUUUUAGUUUUCGUAAAUCGUAUACGAAUUUUAAUCAAAGUUCUUAUCUUUUCUUUUAAUUGACGGCGCAUUAAAUUUGCAUUUAUGUAGAAUUUUUGCAGAAUUUAAUAUGAUUUGUGAAAGCUUUAAAUGUGCCCUAGCAAUUAAUGAAACGUACUUAUAAAUUUACAUGUUUAACGCAUAUAACUUUAGAAAGUAAAUACAGCUUCUGAGAUUCCGUAGAAGUCAUUAAAAAUUGGCCACAUUCAAAUUUCACAUUGAAUUAUUUAAUCCAAAGUCAAAUUGCACUACAGAAAUAUGUUAAGAAAAUAUGCGAAACUAAAUGUAAAAUACAAUACUUAACGAAACGUAAUGAUAAACAAUAUAUAAACGAUCUAACUAUUUAAAUGUAUGAAAAGAAACUACUAUAAAAAUGAUAAAUGUAUUAUGUAGCAAUAAAUGUCCUCCAUGUGCUAAACUUAAAGCGUUUAAUGUAGAGCUAUAAUUAUAAUUAUUGUAUAUUUAUUAUGUAUGUAUUUGUUAAACGAAUUCAGUUU